GUCAAUCGACGACGUUUGUAAAUAUUGAAUAGUACCUACUGAAAUUUCUGAAAGUUCUUAAUAAAUUGAAAUAAUCAUAUCAUAUUUUAUUAAAAUUGUUUCUGCUCGCGCAAGUUACAGGCGCGGUUAAGCAAGGAUUUUUACGGUUUAUUGCGAUUUGAGGUAAAGUGGAUCAUGUCCAAAGACAAGAUCCAAGAGGGAAGGGAGUGUAUGGACAAAGCUGCGAAAUAUCUGAAGACAUCGUUGUUGAAAUGGGUUCCUGAUUACGACAGUGCAGCCGACGAAUACUCAAAAGCAGCUAUUUGCUUUAGAGUUGGAAAAUCAUAUAAGGAAAGCAAAGAGUGUCUUAUGAAAGCAUCAGAAAAUUAUUUACAAAAUGGAUCACUUUUUCAUGCUGCUAAGUGUAUGGAUCAGGCGAUUAUUAUGUGUAAGGAGAUAGGUGAUACAAGCGACGUGUUUAAAUUGGCUAUGAAAGCUAGUCACUAUUACCAACAACAUGGAUCCUCUGGUAGCGCUUCAUUAUUGUUGAACAAAGCUGCAGACAUGUUACAACAAUCAGAUCCAGAAUCAGCCAUCAAGCUCUUAAAAGAAGCUUCAAACAUUUCUGGGAUUGAAGAUUCAACUGGACAAGCAAUGGAAUACACACACAAAGUAGCACGACUGUUGGUAAAAUUAAAAAGGUAUGAAGAAGCUGAAAAUGAAAUAAAACGUCAAUUUGAUCUUGUUUCGGAAGGAGGUCCAACGUCCAACAUGGGCAGAGUAACUGUUGAAUUAUUUUUACUUCAAUUGGCUAAAGAUGAUUAUGUAGCUGCUAAAAAAGUGUUGCAUGAAUAUGGAAUGCAAUAUUGUGAACAAGCAGAGAUUUAUAUGCUUGACAAUAUUGUAAACGCAUAUUCUGAUCAUGACAGUGCUCAAAUUCAGAAAAUGUUAAACAGUCCUUUUAUUAAGCACAUGGACAUUGAGUUUGCAAUACUAGCAAAAAGUUUGGCYGAAAAAUGGACAGUGGAACCUAAAGGGCAAGUUACCAAUAUUGAGAAUGAAGAGACAGAAGCAUCAACAGCAGACUUUGGAGGAACACUUUGUUGAAGCAGACAUUACCUUUUUAUAUUCUACCUUAUUUAUUUAAAUUAUACUUGUUUCUUAGGUAGAAACAGUUUAGGCUUAGAAAAAUUAUUYGUCCUAUAAAACUUAGGUUAGUUUAUGUUUUAAAUAUUAAAUGUAUAUAUGAUCAUUUCAUAUACAUAUUCAUUAAAAAGUUUCA